AUGGUUAUUUUAAAUGCUCUCAAGAUCCUUUCGUCCGAGACAAGGAACUCGAUAACUGUGAUGUACAGGCCUAAGCACAGCAUACAAAAGUCUUUCAUUCUUCCGCCAUCCAUCAGCGUCAACGUAGAGAUAUUCCCUAUCUCUGAAAUAGGAGUGUUUGCUCAAGCAGAGCCUCUGAACUUCAUAGACGGGUACAUGGGCUGCGAAUUUGGGAGACUGCGCAUCACCCCGUGCACAGCAGAGGGCUUUGCUCUCCCCGAGUGGUUUGAUCUUGUUUCUUCAAACGUAGAGAUUCCUCUGUCCAAGAUAACGGCGUGCGUGGAGGAGAAUGUAGAUCUUCUCGUGGAAAGCGCAAUCCGAAAGUCUGAAAAGGCAAAGUUUAAGGUAAACAAUCCGGUUAGUCUGAACUUCGUGGUUUUUUUUGUUAAGAUAAACCGGCUGAAGGACGCACUUAGGUGCAUAAAAGAGAACAUACCCACCUCCUACUCUCUCUCCGCCAUUCUUCCCUACAUCAUCUACGAGAUGCUUAUCUCUGUUUUACUCAAUAGGGAAGAUCCUUCCGUAUUGGGAAAUAUAGCAUAUAUCUCAACUGUAUUAGACAAGUCAAUGUGCAGCAGUGACGAGGACAGGGUGCUGAAUGCGAUUCUUGUAGGGCUGCAGCACUCUACAGCCAGAAGAACUCCAAGCAUUCUUAACAUGUACUCUCGCAUAAGCAUUGCACCGCACAAAUCAGCGACUUUCUACUAUCUGCUAUCUCUGUACAUGGGCUCAGGCUACACCACAAAGUACACGCUGAUCGGCCUUUCAAUGGACAGCCCGCAGUGCCAUAUGUGCUCCAGCUCAAGAAGUGCCAGUGUCAAUAGCACUCUGCAGUCCAUUAUUUCCCUGGAAAGUGAUCUGGUGCUAGAGCGCACGCCGUGUGACUUAGUUCUAGACGAGUACAUACACAGCAAAGGAUCCAUGCCAGACCCUGAAAUAAUCAUUCGCCCGGGAAUAGGAGAGUACUUAACCCAAGAAAACCAGGGAAUAGAAAUGACAGAGACAAGAGAUCUGUACUCAGCCAGCGCAUCUGUCCAUAAGGAUGCACAAGAGUCUACGUGCACUGUGUACACUGAGGGGAAAAUAACUCUGCAAGUUGCCAGCCCAGGGGUAGAAAUAACGGGAAUAUUACUGGGUAGGCCUCUUUCAGAUACAGUGAUCGUAUCUAGUCAGCCCCUGUGCACAGCAGAAAGAGGCGUGCAGUGCAUUCCACCUUUUUUCUCGCAGGAGAAUAAGUACAGCUUUUUCAUUAGCACUACGUCUACUCUUCUGGAGGUGUAUCUAAAGUACAAAGGACGGUCGUACAGCAAAAAAGUAAAUAUCUCUGUGGAAGUACUGGAGGUUCCCCUAUCUAAAAAAAUUGCAUCACACCGAUUGAGCAUUGUCCCAGGGGUCAGCUGCACUGAAAGCAGCGAAAAGCAGGAGACAGAGCACUAUCUACAAAAGUUUAUAAACAGCCCGUUUUCAAUAGUCUCCAGAAACCCUCUCCAAGUGAGAGUUCCCUUUUCCUACAACGGACACAUGCUGUACAGUGAAGUUGCCUUUGACUGGGACUAUAUGUCUAUAAUGAGAAUCAAGGAGACAGAAGACUCCUACGAGAUACACGCUACCUGCAAAGAUAUAACUGUCAGAUACGCAAAGACAUCGCAGAGCAUAGACGCAAAAACAUCAAAAAUCAUCCCAAAACAGGAAAAAGCUGAAAAAACGAUAUCAUGGUUUUUUAAUGACAAAAGUAAAAGCGGAAAAAUCACUCUUUAG